AUGAUGAGUCUUGCAGACCGUGGCUGGACUGACCUGACUCUAUUAACAAAGCUUUUGACCAAUCCAUCCAAAAGUUGGAAAAGAUACGGCUGCCUUUUCUUAGCGUACGCGAUUUUGCUCCAUGUCCUUGGGGGUAUCAUUUCCCCAAUACAACAAGUUUACCUGUCGACGUCGACUGUAAAGACCCCAACAGCACCAUACGAAAUCCGCUCUCUCCAAGACACCCCGGGCAAAUUCACGAGAAGUGGAGAUGACAGCAAUACUGUCGCGCUCGCGACAAGAAAAGCUAUAGAAGUGGUUUCUGCAGCCGAAAUCCCAUCAGGAUUAUGGUCCAGCUCCAACACAACCUGCAAAUUCCAAGGGAAAAAGCAAGAGAUCACUGAAACGUUGGACCCAGCUUGCAUUCAGCCCGGACUAUCAUGGGCUAAUAUGUCUGCCAUACCGGAGCCCUUCCUAUCGCAACUCCCAAAGGAUUUCAACUCAGGUCUCAUUCGCCAACUUGCACCAAGAUUCAAGUCCACGGCAUCUUACGAGAAUAUAACUUCGGCGGAAUUCCCGGCCGAUUGCGCAUCACGCCCUGGCUCUCUCUCAAUCGCAUACUCCAACAUCACUGACAACGGCGGCGAAGCGGAAAUUUGGGCACUACAUGCGUGCAUGCCGGCGGAUUUGAGCAUGUCACCCUGGAAAGAUACUCGCGACCGACAGGAUUUUACCGAGGAGCUCUAUAUUAAUGUGACUCUGAACGAUGCCAUGCAGUUUCGAGCCAAGGAAUUGUCCCGUAAUCGAAGCCUACCCGAGUCGGAAUAUUUCCGCGUCAAAGUACGCACUACAGCUGGGUACUUUGAGCUUCCUAAUUACAUGAACGGAGAAAAAGCCGGGUCGCUGUUAAACAAGAUACCUCCGGACUUUUGUGGGGAUAAUUGUAUUGAGCAGGUCGAUUCAUGGGGCCAACUAUCAACCGAAUAUCAGAAUAAAGGACCCCUUCACAAUACCGCAUUGGCUUUGUUCGGCGAGGGGUCAUACCUGGCAAACCAGGCCAAAGCCCCAGAUCUCUAUACUGUCAACGAUGAUGAUGCAAGUUACUCCGACUGUGUUGACCUUGUACCCUUCGGCCUCCUUUUCAAGUCUUCGAUAUCCAACUACGGAGCCAGAAUUAACGCCCGGAUUGGCGAGAGCGAAAUAAAUUCAUGCAUGAGAAAAGGAUCCUCCCUCACGGUGAAUAUUGAAAUUGGCGCUUUCCUGUCGAACUUCCGAUACGACCUCGAUGUGAUUGCCAAUGCCUUCACAGUGGCUGCGUACCUGGCGAACCGGGCCUGGAUAUACGACGGAAGUGGAGGGUCGUGGCUGGUAUCAUACGAUGUUGGCGAGGACUCGCAGCGGCCGUCUAUCUCGAACGAAGGGGUGAUACUUAUCUCGACGUUGGUCGUGAUUUUUCUGAUCCUCUUAUGGGCCGCUACGAUGUAUGCUAUCUGUCUACCGCGCUGGACUGAGAAGCUUGAUUCUUUUACACUGAUGCGAAUUGGCGCUAGUAUUCACGAGAAAGUCCCUCUUCGUCUGGCAGGUAAUCUCGAAAGUAUACCCGUGCUAGACGAAACACCUGGCUGGAUCGGCGAUUCUACAGCGGAGGAGAAAUUCGGACAUGUUGCUCUAGGCGGGCCGGCUGAAUUGAAUGGGAGCAAGUUUUUUGAUUCCUACUAUAGACCUGGGAUAGAGAAAAGGCUAAAGGAGUGA